GUCCAGUAGUUCUCCAGAACGUGUUUCUGUUUUCCGAGCCUGGAGUGAGGCAGUGAAGCCGCCUUGACCUUUCACCCUGUUCUGUGCUAACGGUCGCCUCCUGCAGUGGGGAGUUUACCCGCUCACGUUCCGGUUCGAACCCCCCGCCAGGCGAGCCCGCGGUGCCCGUUAACGGCUGGGUUCGGUCGCUUCAGCAGAACCGGGGCGGUACCGCCUGGAAGCUAACGGCUAACAGAUGGAGGAGUUUCUGCGGAGCUGCCGGCGGAUCCUACAGGAGAACCCGGACCGGGCCGGUCCAGACGUCCACGUGGUUCUGGGGAACGAAGCCUGUGAUGUUGACUCCAUGGUGUCCGCCAUGGCCUUCUACUUCCUGUUUAAGACUGCAGGUGGUGACUCGCUGGUUCUGCCCCUGAUGAACAUCCGGCAGUCAGACUUGGCGCUGCGGUCCGACAGCGUGUUCUUGCUGCGUCGCGCCGCUCUGCCGCAACACCUGCUGCUGUUCCGGGACCAGCUGGACCUGCGGGCGCUGCGGCGCGCCGGCCGCCUGCGGCUCACCCUAGUGGAUCACAACGUCCUGCCCAGUUCAGACACUGACCUGGAGGGGGCAGUAGUGGAGGUGCUUGACCACCGUCAGGCUGAGAGGACACCCUCCCCAACCUGUCCCGUUACCGUGGAGAUGGUAGGAUCCUGUGCUACCUUGGUAACCGAACGCAUCAUCAAGGAGGCUCCACAGAUUCUGGACCAACAGCUCGCCCUCCUACUUUACGCCACAGUGGUGCUGGACUGUGUCAACAUGGCUGCCGCUGCUGGUAAAGUGACUCCUAAAGACAGCUGCUACGUUGCUGAGCUGGAGGCGCGAUUCCCCUCUCUGCCACCAAGGGGCGCUCUGUUCCAGGAGCUGCAGAAGGCCAAGUUGGACGUCUCAGGUCUGAACAUGGAGCAGAUGUUGUUAAAAGACAUGAAAACUGUUUCAGGAAGUCUCAACGUCGCCCUUCCUGUUAUCUACCUCACUCUGGAGGAGCUGCUGCAGAGGGCGGAGUUGGAGGCGGAGCUUUCAGCUUUCUGUCACAAGUCAGGAUUUGAUGUGCUGCUGCUGAUGACGAUCUCCUUCACUGAGAGCGAGGAGCCAAUCAGAGAGCUCGCUGUGUUCAGCCACAGCAGCACCUGCAGGGAGCAGGUGAGCGCUUACUUGCAGCGGGCCCAGAGCCCCGCCCUCGGCCUCAGCCCGCCCCCUGUCCACCCUCUGAUCUCAGCGUUCCAUCAAGGUAACGCGCUGGCGUCCAGGAAGAAGCUCCUCCCCCUGGUCCAGGACUUCCUGAAGGAGUGUGAUGGCGCCAUUUGCCUGGGAGACGCGGAAGAGGAGCCGGCGGUGCCGCCCACGCCCACAAACAGCCUGGUGGACAGCUGCCCUCUGGACGGCGGCCUGCCGCGCAUCACCGCCGAGGAGCUGCAGGGCAAGUUCGAUGACCUCUAACCUCACCUCUGUUACCACGGCAACGACGCUGGAAAAUGGAGAUGCAGCAUCAGAACACAAAGUACGGUCAAGAAUCUUUUCAAACUCGCAUCAAUCUGGCGGGUCCAACAGAACCUACUGGAUCGGCCAAAGAGCAGCGGAGAGACGUUCUGUCCCAACCCUUCAGAAUAAAAGCCAUUAUAUCAUAAAUUAAAUAAACUUUUCGAAAUUAAA